CAUGGGAAAGAUGAUUGCUCGAGCUCCUGCACAUGCGUCGUGACUUGUGAAGCUUCAGUCUGUGUCAUAGCAACCGGAGAGGACAACAUGGCAAAACCAACAACCAUAAAAGAAGCCCUUGUGAAAUGGGAGGAGAAGGCAGGAGAGAAGGUGGGGGAGGCGAAAGCAGUCAAGCUGUAUGGUCAGAUUCCUCCUAUUGAGAAGAUGGAUGCUUCUCUCUCCACCCUCAUCAACUGCGAGAAAUUGUCCCUGUCUACAAACUGCAUUGAGAAAAUUGCCAACUUGAAUGGCCUCAAAAACCUACGGAUAUUAUCACUAGGGCGGAACAACAUCAAAAAUCUAAACGGACUGGAGGCUGUUGGUGACACGCUAGAGGCGUGGAUUUCCUACAACCUGAUAGAGAAGCUCAAAGGAAUUCAUGUUAUGAAGAAACUCAAGGUCCUCUACAUGUCUAACAACCUGGUCAAGGAGUGGGCUGAGUUCCUGAAGCUAGCUGACCUUCCAUCCUUAGUGGACAUGGUGUUUGUUGGAAACCCUCUGGAGGAGAAAUACUCCGCUGAGGGGACCUGGCUAGAAGAGGCCACCAAGAGGCUGCCCAAGCUGAAGAAACUAGAUGGGAACCCAGUGAUCAAGGCGGAUGAUGACGACGAGGGAGACAGUUAACACAUUCCAUCUCUUACAGUUUACAGGUUGUUGUUUUUAAAAUAUUUUUUAUUGAAAUGGUUUCUAUACCAGCAUCAUUGAGAAUCAAUCCACCAGGCAAUAUCCUAUUAUCUUAUUUGUUCUCUUUUUAGAUGUUGAAUAAGCUCAUUCCACUGGUUGGGAGAUGACCUCUCAUAGAAGCACAUUGCUGAAGCUUUUACAGCUCCAUGGAUGUCAUGAAAUAAAAAGUAAUACGAAAGAGGUAGUACAGUUACAAUGUUUGAUUUCAUGUAUGUAUGUACAGUGGGGAGAAAAAGUAUUUGAUACACUGCCGAUUUUGCAGGUUUUCCUACUUACAAAGCAG